AUGCGCUUGGACGCCACCGAUGAAGACUUGGCCCUCUAUCGCCCUUUGGAUAAGAAGGACCUGCACGUGAAGACUGCCGUCAUCGAGGCUAGCACCUCCAGGCUCAGGAACGUCAACCUGGCUUGGUUCUGGACCAUGGAUGUCGCUGGAGAUUGA